AUGGCGAGCGUGGGAUCGCAUCCAUCUAAUAGUUUCAACGCUACCACAGCGAGUACAAACAAGCAGCUUAGUGAGCUUGAUGGACGCAUUGUAGGCGGCAAUGAGGCUGAAAUAUACCAGUUUCCAUAUCAAGUGUCGAUACAACUGGAUGGUGUACAUCGUUGCGGCGGUGCCAUCUAUACCUCAGCUAUCAUAAUUAGUGCGGCACACUGCAUCGAGUUGCCGGAUAUGCCGGAGUUAUAUGCAGUACGCGCAGGUUCAACGGAACACGAGCAUGGUGGCGCGUACUUGCCAGUGCGACGUAUUCUAAUACACCCCGAUUUCCAGGCAUCGAAUGUGAUAAAUAACGAUAUAUCAGUGUUGGCUUUAGCUUUCCCGCUACCAUUCAAUAUCAAUAUACAACCCAUACCGCUCGCAACAAAAGCUGAUAUGACAAACGUGUUUGGGAUGCUCUUAUUCGUCAGUGGAUGGGGCGCGACUUCAGAGGGAUCGCAAGUGAAAGCAACGCGCUUGCGCUAUGUCGCAGUACAACAGUUCGAGCAGAGCGAUUGUAAAGCGAAGUUUGCCUCAACGGUGUCCGUCACAGAGAGAAUGCUUUGUGCGGGUGCGGUGGGUGGCGGGCGGGACAGCUGUCAGGGAGAUUCCGGUGGUCCUUUGGUGGGCUACUUACACGGACGUGUGGUUCUGGUGGGUGUAGUUUCUUUCGGCGUCGGUUGUGGAAGGUCCAAUGUGCCUGGUAUCUACACACGGGUGGCUGCGUACAAAGACUGGAUCGAGCUGGUAGCAAGCCAGAUUUGA